CCGGGUCACUUCGCAGGCUGCUCCUAGGUUCCCCGGCUCGCCGCCAUCUUGUAUUGGGGCUUCAUUGUUCGCUCCGGGCUGGCCGGUUUAGUGUAAUUGCUGGCGAAGGAGGUGGAGUAACCUCUGGUCAGCCGAGAAACCCCGCUAUUCCGCAGUCAUAGCCGCUUAAACGAUUUGGCACGUAGUGAAGGGCAGGGAACUGGACCUGGAGGCGCCGCCACGACAGCAGCAGCCAUGGAGGACGAGAUGCCCAAGACUCUACAGCUGGAAAUGAUCCAUAUUGUUUUGUGGAGUUUCAUGAGCAUCGUCAUGCAGCUGCAGCACUAGCUGCUAUGAAUGGACGGAAGAUAAUGGGUAAGGAAGUCAAAGUGAAUUGGGCAACAACCCCCAGCAGUCAAAAGAAAGAUACAAGCAGUAGUACCGUUGUCAGCACACAGCGUUCACAAGGUAAUUGUAUCUUCUUAAACAUAAAAUGAAAUCUCUUGAAAGGGUAUUCACUAACCACUUGAAGUUUUUUUUGUUUCAUACUGGGGUGGGGGAGAGGGGAGGGAGGAAGUGUAGUAUUUCUUUUUGUCUCUCUGGCAAUAUAUUUACCCCUUCUUCCCAGUGUUGACCAUGUGUGGCUUGUCCACUAAGUUCUAGUCCAAGCUUUCAGAUCCCCUUGAUAGCAGCUGAUGCCUUAGAAAUACUCUCACAAACUGAAGGGCAGUAUACCCUGUUUCCUUGAGGUCACCUUCUGACCUUCAUACCCAAAUAUUCCAAAUGGUAGAGUUGCUCCUGAAACUUUGUUUCCCAAAGAGCAACCCUAUAUGUUGCUUAAGGCCUGCCAAAUAUGGGUAACUUCUUUCCAAAUGUACCUUGUCAAAAUUGAUAUAUAUAUAUUUUCACUUUAAAGUGUUGGUCCAACAAUUUUGUGUUUUAAAGUGUUUCUUUUUUUGAGAAUUGUCUUUUUUAAAAAGUUCAGAUAUUUCUCUCCAAUGCUUUUUUAAUGGUUCUGAUAUAAAGUGAAGGGAUUACUGUUUUCAUUCUGUUGCCUUCAGUCUUAGUUCACUUGCACAUGGAUUCACAUAAACUGAAUGGUGUAAUGUCUGGGCAACCAAAACUGUUGGCUUUUGAGAAAACUGUCAAAUACUUUAACAUCAAACUGUUGCAAUGCAAGGUAUUUCUUUGAUUGUUCUUCACAAAAUAUGGUUAAACCAAGUAUAUCAUGUAGCUAGCUUCGGUAAAUUGUGUUAACUGAGGCAAAUCUAGUCUUCGUAAUUCACAAUACCACUACUUUAUUUUAAAAAUUUAUAAAGCCUUAAUAUAGUGGUAAACUUAAUAAAAGUAAAGAAUUAUUAUUAGAAUGGUAACUAUGUGAUUAAAUUUUUUGCAGAACUGAAAUUUCUUAUAUAAUAUUAGUUUAUUGUCUUAGAUCAGUAUAAUAAUUAACUGUAUAUAGAAAUAUAACUGUCAGUUUCUAGUUAGAUGUAUCACAGUCUUUUUAGGAAAAUUUGUACUGUAUUAUUACCUUGAUUCAUUAUGUUUAACAUUGAUAGGAUUUGUAUAGGUAGAAGAUAGUGUUUUAUGGAUACUUUAUUAUAAUUCAUAAAUCAUUUUGAGAAUACUAGAUAGAUUUUAGUAUUCGUUAAAUUCUAAAGUUCUGUUUUUCUUUUCACUUCCCCUUCCUUCCCCUUAAAAGAUCAUUUCCAUGUCUUUGUUGGUGAUCUCAGUCCAGAAAUUACAACUGAAGACAUAAAAGCUGCUUUUGCACCAUUUGGAAGAAUAUCUGCCUGUUUUGUUCAUGUGUCCUGAGAGAACAAGCAUUGUGACAUACCUGGCUAACUUAAAAGCAGAUUGCCUGUGAAGCACAAUUUGAGUCCAAUUUUUUGAGAGAUGCCCGAGUGGUAAAAGACAUGGCGACAGGAAAGUCUAAAGGAUAUGGCUUUGUCUCCUUUUUCAACAAAUGGGAUGCCGAAAACGCCAUUCAACAGAUGGGUGGCCAGUGGCUUGGUGGAAGACAAAUCAGAACUAACUGGGCAACCCGAAAGCCUCCAGCUCCAAAGAGUACAUAUGAGUCUAACACCAAACAGCUGUCAUAUGAUGAAGUUGUAAAUCAGUCUAGUCCAAGCAACUGUACAGUAUACUGUGGAGGUGUAACUUCUGGGCUAACAGAACAACUAAUGCGUCAGACUUUCUCUCCAUUUGGACAAAUAAUGGAAAUCCGUGUCUUUCCAGAUAAAGGAUAUUCAUUUGUUCGGUUCAAUUCCCAUGAAAGUGCAGCACAUGCGAUCGUUUCUGUUAAUGGCACUACCAUUGAAGGUCAUGUUGUGAAAUGCUACUGGGGCAAAGAAACUCUUGAUAUGAUAAAUCCUGUGCAACAGCAGCAGAAUCAAAUUGGAUAUCCACAGCCAUAUGGCCAGUGGGGCCAGUGGUAUGGAAAUGCACAGCAGAUUGGCCAGUACAUGCCUAAUGGUUGGCAAGUACCUGCAUAUGGAAUGUAUGGCCAGGCAUGGAACCAGCAGGGAUUUAAUCAGGCUCAGUCUUCUGCACCAUGGAUGGGACCAAAUUACGGAGUACAGCCGCCUCCAGGGCAGAAUGGCAGCAUGUUGCCUAAUCAGCCUUCGGGGUAUCGAGUGGCAGGUUAUGAAACCCAGUGAAAAAGGACUCCAGAAUCUAAAGCCAGUGGCUUGAGGCUACAGGGCGUGUAGUGGAGCCAUUGUUUACUUAAAGAUUUAUCAAAUCAGUCAGUGCAAAUGUCAGAUACAAUGUAUUUAUUUAAAAGAUUCAUUUUUUAAUCAUGAAAUUACUUAUCAUCCACAUUGUUUAAAAAGAAACAAGAUGCUGGAUGUCUGCCAAUUUUUGCCUUCAUUACCUUUUUUGAUAAAGUUUCUCAGAUCCUUGUUUCAAAUACAAAAUGCAGGGAUUGCUGCCACUUUUUAAAAAUUAAGAGGCAGAAAAUUGCACAAUGUUGAACUUUUUUCCACUAAAGUAGUGUGCAGUUCUAGUUUGCAUUCCUGAUAUGAUUUAAAACAUGUAAUAUAAAGAUGUUAAAAAAAAAGAAAAAGAAAAACCAAAACUGUGCAGAGUCUAGAAGUUAUUUGUAAUCUUCAGCUUGUGCACAUUUCUGUUUUAGGUUAAAAAAGUAGGCAUUGUUUGAGCUGUCCCAUCUCCACUGUUAUCCCUUUGGAAUUUUUUAAUAUAAAUUAUUAGUUUACGUUGUUUUUGUAUACAUUUUUUCACAGAUUUGUCUUGCCUUAUUAAAGUUCUGUAAAAUAUACUUAAAUGGAAAAAAAUGAUGUUCAGUUAGAUUGAAAACUUUUCUCAGAUGGAUUGAUAAUUGCAUUCAUCUUGUGUUUUAUAUGAGAAGGUGCCUCAAGAACUCCCUGUUGGAUUUGUUUAAAAGGAUUUUUAUCUUCUGUGAUAAAUUUUGCUGUGUACCAGGAACUAUGAAAACAAAAACUUGUUACUAAAGAAAAUCUCUGAAAUGUGAUAAGUUCUUAUGCCAUGUUAAUUUCACGUGUCAACAUCUACAUGUACAUGUAUUUUUUCAUUAUGUAAAACGUUUUAGCAAUUUAAUAUUUUGCACAGUUAGCAAACUUUGUAUGUCAUUUCCUUCUUAAAGGCAUCAUGCAGAGCUGACAUGAGAUUUAUAAGGUUUUAAGUUGUUUGCAUGUGAAAAUCAAAUACACACUUUGGUAGUCUUCGAAUAGAAAGUCAUCCGCUCUUGUUUUUCAAGAAUUUUGAGACGAAAAGUUGUAUGUAAAGGAGUAUAUUAAUUUGCCAUUUUCUAGUUAGAUUUACUCAAAAGGAGUAAAUCAGUUUAAUUUUAAUAUGUACAAAUGAUAGCUGUGAAACUGUAGAAUAUCUUUAUGUCAGGCUUGAGUUACAUUGUGAACUCCAAAGCUAGCCUGAAGGACCAGCCGGGCAAAGCAUUUUUAAAUGUUCAGAGGCCAAAAGAUUAACAAAAAAACCUUAAAAUCCUACCUCCUUAAACAGCCUUCAAAGAAGAGAAUCCUCGGUGCAGUUAUUAUUUUGAUUCUUUUAGUACUUGUUUUCCUGGAGUUCCCAAUUUUAUUAUGUUUGGGUGGCUCCAAGCAUUAAGAGGGUUAAUCUUUGAUGGCAUUGUUGUAGUUUUGAAAUUUCUAGUACAUUUCAGAGUCUCCUAGAAGAGUUGUGGGAGGUUUUAUUUUCAGUGAAAGUCACAAAACUCCUUCCUUUACUCACAGACAGGAAGGGUUCCCAGGAUACAUAUUUGAAUGGUUGGUGGUUUUCAGGACCUUUAGAGAGCUCCCAGCAUUUUAUUUAGAAAUAAAAAAGGCCUAUGAAAUCUCAAAUUUCCUGGCCUGUAUCUUCCAGGUAGGGGCAAAUGACUCUAGCUAGUCUCUAAGCCGAUACCCUGUAAUCAGAGCCCAGGAAAAAUAGCUCAUAAGUAUAUGAUUCUCUGGAGCUCAAUUCUAUGCAGUUGUACUGAUAUUCCAUUAAGUCACUGUGUAUUUUUAAGUGUUGAUACAUGAAAAAUUGCUUUAUAAAAGAUGAGUAAAUUUUUUAAAAUACUUGGAAAUUUAAUUUCCUUGUUAACUUCUAUAGACCAGGGCAUGGAACCAAAAGCAGCUUAAAUGAAAUACUGAAAAAAAAAAAAAUAUCAGGAAGUUAUUUUUAGAUUCUUCUGGCUAUGUUCCUACUUUAGGACCCUCCUUUUUCUCUUAUUAAAAAAUAUUUUAUUUCCUAUACAUCUCAUGGACUGCAGGGUAAAUUAUUUGGGCAUAAAUAAUUUAAUCCAAACAAAAGUAUAGUUUUUCUUUAAUUUUGACUAAAGUAAUAACAGUUUUUAUUAGCCAACAUGGUUUCUUAUUACACAAGUCUUAAAAUGUUCAUUGACUACUACUUUUUGAGAAGAAAGUGGUGUCAGUACUCAUGGUGAAAAUGUUACUACUGAACAAACUCACAUUUCAGGAAUAUGCUAACUCUGGUUUAAAUCUUACACUGAGUGUUAAAUCAUUGAAGGAAUUUUCAGUCUAAAAUUCAUACUGGUAGAAGAAUCAGGUAAGGAAAUUAAAGUUUUUUAAAUGGUUUCAUUCACUAUAAUAUACAUUUAGAUUUUACUUUCUGGUACUGUAAAGAAACUGAAGUGAUUCACACAUAAUGGGUCAUGAAUUCAGUAUUCUUUACCCUGACUGUUUGGAUAUUAAAAUUCCUUUAUGUUUUCUAUAA